UUUUUUUUUCUUUUAAAUUUUUUUCUUUUUUUUUUCCUCCCUUUUGGCGAAAUUUCCAUUUUCUCUCUGUCUCUCUCUCUCUUUUCUCUCUUUCUAUUUAUUUAUAUCAAUCCUCUCACCUUUUUUGUCAAAAGCGUUUGUCAAUAAACGUAAAGACUGGUAAUGUCAACUACAGAACUAUUACUUCCUUCUUCGUCUUUCCUUCGUCAUCGAAAGAGUGUUUUACACGAAACAGAUUCUACGACUGAUCUGCCGCCAUUGUUACACACUGCACAUCGAAAAACAGCCAAACAGCGCUGGUCUGCUUGUUUUGCAUUUAUCUUUAAACGGUCCAAAUCCAAAUCUGAAGUCAACAUCACCACCAAUGACCAAGAAUGGAUAGCACCUUCCAUCACUACUGUACAUGAAACGGAGAUAGUACAUGAUGAUAUUGAUGACGGUGCCACUGAUGAUACUACCAUUGAUGAUGAUUCUGAAAAUCUUAUUGAAACAAGAAAGUAUCAUUAUGCUUCCUCCUUACCACCUACUCCCGUAUCCUCACUAUCACCACCACCUCGACAUGCGAUGACCCGGCAAAUCAGAGCAAAAAGUUUGACUCCUUUAGAUCACUCUUAUACUGACCUACCCUCUUCUUUCUCCUCUAUACCCACCUUACCUACAUCUAUGGCUAAUCUAUCGACAACACAAUCAUCUACUCCAUCUUCACCAACAACUACAUUACCACUUUUAUCACCAUCACCACCACCACCACCACCACCGCCAAGAUAUGCCAUUCCUCGUGCACCAGCUCUUCGAUUAUCUUUGGAUGUAGAUCUUCAUCGUCAAUCUUAUACUUCAUCUGUUUAUUCAUCCUAUAGUGGAAUACAAGACAUCAUUGAUGAUGAUGAUGAUGAUGAUGAUAAUACAACAACAAAAUGCAAUACUCUUGUGGAAACUCAACAAGAUGAUGAUUUCAAACCAUCCACCAGUUCUACUUUGAUUGAACGAAGAAGACAACGACGCCAACAACAACAGGAUCAGAGAUUACGUACAAGUAUGAAUGAAGAUGGUUCGUAUAAUCAAAUUGGAAAAGAUAAGGCUCAAUAUGAUGCAGUGGUGGCUUCUACUUUAUCUCAUCAUCGUCAUCAUAAUGAUAAGCAAGAUAUGUUGACCAUGGAACCCAUUUCGACAAUCAUCACUCCAUCUCUUUUGGAUACCCCUCCUGCUUCAGCUCGAUGGAUCAAAUCUACUACCACUCCAUCGUCGCCACCACAGUAUUUGGUUUAGAUUCUCAUUAGAAUAGUUCCCCCCAAUUCGUCCUCCUUUUUCUUAUUUACGGAUAUCACAUUAUUAUUCUUUUUUUUUUUU